AUCGCCAUAAUUUUUCUCUCACCUUCGAGCUGUGACUUUUGGCUUCCCAAAAAGCCAUGGGAGACUUGAUCCGAUCACUCUGAAACCACUGAAGAAGAAAAAAAUUAGGAAAAAUCUAAAAAAUGUGGAAGUUAAUUAAUCGAUCAGCUUCAAGUGAAUAUGAAGAGCAGCCGGAAGACGAUUUAUUGGGUGGAACUGAAGGCCUCUGUUCUCUUUCCCCUUUACAGAGAUUGUAUGGAUUUGCUGCUUGUUUAGCAGCUGGGCUUGUUUGUGUGUUCCUGUCAUUGAUUGUUUUUGUCAAACCCAUCAAAUUUGCUCUCCUUUUUACCUUUGGCAAUGUGCUGGCUAUUGGAAGGCCUUGCUUAUAUCUUGGAGAGUCAAUGUUUUUAUGGCUUCUAUAUACUCGAUCCCAUGGUCACCUUGAGCAAAAAGUCACAACCUUCCUCAUUGGACCACAGCAACAGCUAAGAAUGAUGCUUGAUCCUGUCCGUGUCUAUGCUACAGCAAUUUAUGCGGGCUGUGUUGUGGUAGCUCUCAUUUGUGCUCUUUUGGUCCACAGUAAGAUUCUAACAAUAAUUGCAAUCAUAUGUGAGAUAUGUGCCCUUGUUUGGUACAGUUUAAGUUACAUACCUUUCGCUCGCAGAGUGGUUUCUAAUCUGACUAUCCGUCUUUUUGACACCGAAAUCUAGACGAUCCAAUGUGCAUGUACUAUUCCUGUCAUUUUGUUGAAGAAAUUUUUGAAGCAUUUAGAUUUGGUGGUGGUUUUUAUCAAGCAUUUUUUAAGAUCGAAUUUCUAUUCAUUCUUUUGUCGGCGUGUGAAGAUAUUGCUUAAAUGAACUCGGAAAAUGGCCGAAAUUGUAUUGUAUUUGGAUGCAGAGUUAGUAAAUUCAAUGCAGUCUUGCUGUUUGGUCUUUGCAUCA